GGAGACUGGAUGCAUGAAUGAAUGGCUAAAUAGACGCGAGGUUACUGUCCAAGACUAUGUAGACCUGCAGAAGCAGCACCACAUGAUGGAGAGAUCCGUGGUCGGUCGCUAGAGGGGGAGAUCAGCUGUGCUUGUUGCGAGAGGUGAGGGAAGAGGGCCUGCCACCAUUAAAGAAAGGGGGGAGAUGGACUAGUCGUGGCCACGAUCAAAUGGAGGGGGUCCAAACUAAGUCAUUCUCUCCCCCCAACCUCCACACAAUCCACUGCAAAUUGUUUCUUCCUGCCUGCGAACAUGGCGAUGCUGCAACCACGACAGCCCACACCAGCCGCGUCUUAGUUAAUUUCUUUAUGCAUCACUCUGCUUGAUCCAUUCAUCCUAGCUGGUGUCUUACACGCCACAAUGCCGUCGUCACCAUCUUCUCGGUCCCCGGAGAUCAUGAGCGCCUCGUCUGAUUCCGAGGAAUCCGCGCCUAUGAUCAUCGGCGGCGUCGGGUUCGUCGUGCAGGUGGUCUCGAGGGAUGUCUCCGACGAGCUUCUCGGCAAGUUCGCGGACACCAGCGAGUUCGACUUCGACUACGAGCGCAGCGGCCUCUGGUCGCCGCUGGUGCUACGGCCCGAGGUCCUGCUCCUCGCGCACGCGCAGGCAUCCUCGUCCCGGCGACGGCACCGGCGAUGGCGGUGGCGGAAGAGGAGGAAGAUGCUCUGCUGCUGCUUCUGAUGCGAUAUUCGCUUUGGAUGCUCCAUCUGAAACAGAAUUGCUGUGCUGAUGCUGUGCUUCUGAAGCAGUAUUGCCAUGGCUGAGAGAUGUGUUUGCUCCUGUAGGUAGCUACUAUGGACAUAGGUGUGUAUACGAUGAUCAAAGACCAAAUAAUAGCAAGAUGGCGUGUAUGUAAGUACGUGGUUGAUUUACACUGCUUUGCGUUUGGUCAUGAUCCUGAGAGAGUGAGAAGUACCCACUGUAAUUACUACUGUAUUUUCUGAGAGCUCUACUGUUUGCUCCAAGCGAUAUUGUUGAUUUGUUU